AUGAAUCCUGGAAAUAUUGAGACACGUCUCCACAUCAAUGGAGAAUGGCUUCCUGGAAAAUGCGGCAGGACGUUUCCAGCAUUUAACCCCACAACCGAGGAAAAGAUUGUCGAUGUCCACGAAGCAGACUGGCAGGAUGUAGAUCUAGCAGUCCAAGCAGCUGAAGCUGCAUUCCCAGCAUGGCGAGACCUGUCCAUGUUUGAGAGAAUAUCAAAGUGCCUCAAGUUGGCCGAGCUCAUUGAGCGUGAUAAGCAUGAGAUUGCGCAGCUGGAAGCAUCAAAUAUGGGAAUGCCGAUAUCUGCCUACCUCGCAUGCAUAUCUGGUGCCAUUGAUGGUAUCAAGCAUGCGACUGGCUUGGCACAUGACAUCCACGGGGAAACAAGUUUAAACACACCCGGAUUUGUCACCUUUACUCUACGACAGCCUUUUGGUGUUUGUGCCGCAAUUAUUCCCUGGAACGUGCCUAUCGUUAUGUGGUGCGGUAAGGUGAUUCCGUGCGUGGUGACAGGAAACACCAUUGUACUGAAGUCUUCAGAGAAGGCACCCUUGACAUCCCUGAAGUUAGCCGCUCUGGCAGUUGAAGCCGGCUUCCCCCCAGGUGUCAUUAAUGUAUUAUCUGGAUUUGGCCAUACAGCCGGGCAGGCAUUGUCGCGCCAUAUGCAGAUUCGCAAGAUCUCCUUUACAGGUUCGACUCGUGCGGCCAAAAUGGUCAUGGAAGAGGCUGCAAAGAGUAAUAUGAAGAGAGUUUGUGUCGAAACCGGAGGAAAGAACCCGGCUGUCAUUUUUGAUGAUGCAGAUUUGGAGAAAGCUGCCGAGUCGGUAGCAGCCAGCAUCAAGUUCAACUCUGGGCAGAUAUGCGUUUCAAACUCACGCAUAUACGUUCAAAGAGCAGUGUUCUCAGAGUUUGUGGAUACUUUCAAACCUAAGUUUCUGGACAUCGCUGUGGGCGAUCCGUCUCUCGAAUCGACAAACUUCGGUCCCCAGGUAGAUAAGACACAGUUCGACAAUAUUCUCAAAUUAAUUGAUGAAGCAAAAGACGACGGUGCUUCCUUGAUCUCAGGAGGUUGUCGGGCCAAGGAUAAAGGCUUUUAUAUCCAGCCUACUAUCUUCGUUCAAGUACCCAAAAGCGCCAAUAUUCUGAAGACGGAAGUCUUUGGCCCAGUCGUUGCCAUUCAGCAGUUCGAUACAGAAGACGAAGUGAUUGCCGAGUGUAACGAUACACAGUAUGGUCUCCACGGCACCGUCUUCACACGAGACGUGUCGCGGGCAUUUCGGCUGGUGAAAGCCUUUGAGGCGGGUAUGAUCACGGUGAACUGCAGCAGUGAAGUGGGUCCGUAUGACAUGCCUUUUGGCGGCUGGAAAGAGUCCGGUACUGGCAGAGAGAAUGGUCGCAUGGGGUUGGAAUCGUAUUUUGAAGUGAAGUCGGUGACACUAAAGCUGUAG